GUGUGCGGCGGUGGAUGGUGCGUGCGCGGAGCCAGCUCAGCUCGUCUCAGCCCGGCCUCGGGGAGCAGGGGGAAAACGCAGCCUAAUCGAUCCUGCCUGCUGCCCAUGGCUUUCAGGGAUGUGAAUGCAAGGCGACACAUUGGACUUCAGCAACUCUCUUCCUUAGCCUUAGCUGGAAGAACAUUACUGGGGCCAGUGAAAUCAUGUAAAUUCAUUGUGGAUGAAAUCACCAACGAAAGCACAUUGAUCUGUUCUGCUGUUAGACUGAUUGAAAGUUUGGAUUUAACUAGUGCUGCUGGACAGCUUCUUAAUGAAACUGUUCAGGCACAAACCAAGGAGUUUAAGACUGGAAUGAGUACCCUAUUGUUUCUUGUUGGUGCAUGGAGCAAUGCUGUAGUGGAAUGCCUCCAGCAAAAUGUUCCGGUUUCAGCAAUAGUAUCUGUGAUGUCCGAGGGGUUGAGCUCUUGCUGUGAGAGAGUCCAGUGCCUUCAAAUAUCAAUACAUGAUGUAAAGAAACAGCUCUGUUCUAGCAGUGUUAGGCCAAAUGCUUCUAAAAGCAAAACUUGCCAAACUGGAUGUGACAGUCCUCCAAAUUCCCAGCUUUUCCUGUAUUUUCAGAAAGAUAUUUCUGUACCAGAAAUAAUUCCAAUGAAUUCGUGUUCCCAUCAAGAUGAUGAUUGUAAUUUUAACAAGCACCUGGUUUCACCUUUGCCUGGCUUUGAUUCAGUAGCUUCUCUUGUCAAACCAGCGGGUGACAAAAGUACAUCUGUGAUUUCUGGAAGUGGUGUUACCACAUCCAGCUGUAACAAACAAAAGCUGACCCACAGCAGGUACUUCAGCACUCUACGAAAAAGCCUUUUUUCAAGUCAGCAAGGUAAUUCUCAGGGAUACCUUCUGGGACCAUCAGCAGAUUCAUGUGAAUGUGGUGGUUUAGGACACCUGGCAAUGGCUCUGAGCCACGGAAAUAAAACUAGCAUGAAACUGCUACAAAACAUUGUUACAUAUCAGCAAGAGACAGCAGAACACAGGGGCUCUUCCCAGUUAAAUGUUGCAGAAAUUGUGACAUGCUGCUUAGUGGGCCUGCCUGAAAGCUGUUCUUGUGCCUCCCCAGGCUUUGUCACACUGGUAUCACCAGAACAAGUCACAGUUAUCAAACACUUUGAAGACAAACUCCUUCGGAUUCUGCUAAUAGACGGUGACCUAACUGAGCAAUAUCGACACUUAGGUUUUAACAGACCGUGUAAUGUGAGGACCAUAGCGGAGCAUCCUAACCUACAGGAAGGAGACCUGUGGCUAAGCAGUAUGGUAGAUAAUCUGAUCAAAUUUGAAGUAAACCUGGUUUUGGUCAAAGGAAAUGUGUGUGAAAACUUAAUGGAAAGGUGCAUUGCAAAGAGUAUAUUGUUAGUUAGUUCUGUGACUUGGAAUGUGUUGUGUGCCUUCGGGGAAGUCACUGGCGCUCAGCCAGUGACAUACCUCACCCAGAUGAACGCUACUUGUGUGGGGAGUGGGGUCCAAGUGGAGUUGUGGAAGGCCUGUGAUGGGCGUACAAUGGAUCUGGGUGAACUCGUACCGGUCAGAAUAAAAGCACAAGGAAUUCCUCUGCUCACAGCCGUGCUUACUACUACUGUAGCUUCAAAGAUGCAGCUCAUUGAAGACCAGUUCUGGACUUCAGUGUAUCGACUCCAUCAUGCUUUAAAUGACAAGAAGGUUUUUAUUGGUGGUGGUGCUGUGGAACUCUUGUGCCUCAGUCACAUUCAGAUGCUUGUCGAACAGCCUUUACAGCCACCAAAUCAAAAUGCUGCAGAAGAGUUUCACAAUCCUUGGCAGGCAGCAUCUGCAACCGAAUAUAAAUCAGUUGUGCUCCAAGCGUUAGCAAGUGGCUGGAAACAGUAUCUUUUGGUGGUUAUGUGUAACACCACAAAAGCUGCAUCGAAGUUGGAAGCGUGCACCUCACUUGAUCAUUACCUCAGAAAAGCAACUGACUGUGGCUCUCCUUCAGCAUACAUACUGAAAGAGUUUAGAAGAGGUGAUCUGCUCAGGGAUGGUGCUGGUCCCUUCGCUGACCACAGGGAAGAUUUAAAGGUUUAUGAUAACGUUACAGCCAAGACAGAGGCAUGGCGGAGAGCUCUAGAUUUGGUGCUACUAGUACUUCAAACAGAUGCUGAAAUUGUCACAGGUCCCAGAAAGAAUCAGCUAUUGAGCUCGCAUGUCUCAAGUGAAUUUAUGUUUUUAUAGGACUUGCAGGCUUUAUUUAUAACUCCAUCAGUCCAGGGACAACCUACACUUCUUCAUAGUUUAUAAAGCAAACAUUUACGUAUGAUUAUGACUUCAGAGCCUAACAGCAGAAAUCAGAAGACAUGACAGUCACAAAGUAAUUUCUCAUUUCUAGAAAUGGGAGUUAAAAAACAGAAAGCACUUGUGGAUUUCCUUCUAACCCCAGCUGUGCAUUUCUAGCCAAUAAUAUUGUCCAUAUGGAUAGAUUCAUCCAGUCAAACUGGCUAAUGUUAUUUAGCAGAGCAAAUGUGCAGUUCUUUUUGUCAUUAUAAUGAGGAGUGUCUAGGCAGGUGGACAUAUUGAGUCCAGAUGGAGAAAAGUUUGAUACCUUGGAUAUGCUUAUGUUCUGGAUAUACACUGUCUGUAUGAGGUAUCUGGAUUUGUAUUUUGUAAAUUAUUCUUGGUUAAUGUCUUUUAAUGUCUUCUAAAGAAGAAUAGGAACAUAACAUUGUCAUAGUUGUGUUAAUUUCUGUACAAUGCAAAUGUUAAGAGUUAAACAUGCAAUAAUUAUGAGUGCUACAUUUUAUGCUGAAAGAUUGUACUAAUAGAUUCUAAUUUUGCAUAUUUAUAUGUAUGUCCUAUUUCAAACAUAUACCCUUUGAGAUUUUCUUCAUUUUGACAUAAAUUUAGGCAGAAUCCUCCACUUUCAUUGUUAGAGACUGGAUGUAUCUCUACACAAAGUUUUCUUUUAUGUUGCAAGUUGGAUUUUUAGAUUAUUCUCUGGGCUUUCUCAGUUACCUUUGCAAAGAGGAAAAUGUUGUAUGUUUUAGCUGUUAGCUAAAAACUGGAAACAAAUCUAUCAUGGUGAUUGAGGCAAGGCAUUUUUACUGUCUUUUGGCAUUUGAAAUUUGAAAGCAGAGCCAUGAACAGCUGGCACUUUGUUGCAAGAAAGAGGAGUGUAACUAUGGAGAUAGUUGUUCAGAAUGCAAAAUUCAGAAAAAAAGUAAGUGAAAUGUCUCACCACUGCAGUGAAAACAGAUGGGAAAAGGAAUGGAAAUGGUGAUGCUAAAGCAGAUUCUUGCUUUUAGGAUUUUUUUCAUUAAAAUGCUAAUGUCUGGAAGUGCUAGGGUUAAACACUUCUUGGUUGCAAUAGCUUGUGCUGAUGGCAGACAGUCCUUCUGUGGUGAAAGCUAAGAAUUGGGGUGUGCUAAAGAGUGUUUUCUGAGGUGUGAUUCUGUGGAAAGGCAGACAUAUUUUCCUUGAGGUAUCUCCCCACUGCAGAAGACAUCUUGGAUAAGAGCCAUCAGCUGCCUCAAACCCCUGUGACCACGGGCAGUUCCCCAGUUGACCUCUGCUGAACUUUAACACAGUUGCUCUUUUCUCUUGGGAAGGCCCUUCCCUUCUACCUGUGCAUUCAGGCUUGAGUUAAUGAAAAAUUGAGUUCCAAAAAUGUCUCCCCUGUUGUGCAAACACCUCAACAUUAUAUCCCAUUGUAAUUGUCAAUAGGUAUUUGACAGAAUCUGCUAUUUUCUACCUCCCACACGUUCACUACAUCUUUUUGGUUCCAUUGAUGUCUUUAGCCCCAUAAAAUAACUCCAUAACCUACACCGCAUUUAGCUAAAAAUAGCCUUUUCUGAGACUUGCUUACAUCUUGCAGGUCUCCAUAGCUGGGGAAUCCCUGGAGAGGUGGGAUAGGAGACUGAGGUUCUGAAUUAACUUAGGCAUGAGGUGGAAUUGGGAUCCUUAGAAACAGCUUCUGAGUGUUGAAAUGACCAGAAGCCCUAACUUCAUUUUUAUGAAGAAAAGAAUCCAUCUAAAUGCAUUUUAACCCAGAGUUUUCUCCUACACUAGUCUCAAAUUCAGAUCUUUCACAGAACUGUUUACCAAGUGGAUCACACUAGGUUAAUAAUUGAUAUAUUCUGUACGUCAGGAAAAGAAAGAUACAGAUAAUGAAAUUCACCCUCAAAUACGGCUUAGGUACAUAUAGGUAUAUAUGUCUGUGCGUAUAUUAAAGUAGUGUUAUAGAGGGGAUUUUCAAAAGAUUCAAAGUUCUCAUUGCUUAAUCGCAUAUUUUAUUUUUUUAUAUAUUUAUAUUCAACUCACAUGUAGCUGAAAUGCUCUUAAGGAGCUUAAGGAAGCAUAUUUAUAGCAGUUGCCUUUUAGAAAUAGGGGAGAAAAACUUUUCUGUGUGUAGAAAGUUAUGCUUGUAGUAUUUAGUCAUCUCUGACCUGAGACCAUAAAUAUUUUGAUUUUCUAAAAACUCCAUAAUUCAGUGGCUUUUGGCAGAAUCUUGUCAGUACUAUAGGAGUUUAUAAUUUUAUUUUUAAAUUAUAGUUCCUAGCAGCAUAGGGAUCUAGCUGUAUUAAAGUUUUGAUCAGUUGGGCACUGGUGUUUCACUGCUGGGCCACACUCUUUGUGUACUAAGAUAUGAGAGAGGAAGAGUUUGGUAGUCAAAAGAGGCAAAAGGAGUUAGUGGCUGUUAGGUGAGAAGGAGAUAGAAACACAGCGUAAAUAAAUAUAAACAAACUGCUGCUCUGCAAGUGUUUGCAGGUCAUCUUUGGCUUAUGCUGUUUUUCUUGAACCUCCUCUACUGAGCAUUGCAUCACCCCUGUUGCCAAGAAAAGAUCCAGUUGCACUUUAUUUGAAUAAUAGAGCUAAGUGGAUUAUGGAAAAACUGCAUCCAUGAAUUGUGUCGAGGUGGUCCAAACAGCUAUUUAUAGGGCCCUUAAACACCAAGAUCUGGCACACCAAAUGUUGAGAAAAUCCAAAAUGAUGUAAUUUUUCCAAUCAGGCUUUUAAAAAGCACAUAAUGAGAUAUUUAAAUAUUGUGAUACAGAAGUUUUCUAAAAAGCUGUCAAGCAUGUAUGUUUUGGUUACUGAACACUUGCUUUUCUACAGGCCAGUGAAAUAGAAAGUUGUAUAAACUAGCUAGAUAUUGUAUCCUGCAUUACUUAAAAUUAUUUUGAUACACCCAGAAAUUUAACAUGCAUGCUGUCCUAAAGGCAUCCUCCUUCUGCAAUGUGCAAUACAAUAUACAUGUGUGGCCUUCUCCACUUCAAAGCUCUUGAACCUCUUUGCAACAUAGAAUGAAGGUCCCGUGCGUGUCUGCCAUGGCUCUUAGAGCAGGGAAUGAUUUCAGCUUCUCCCAGGCAGAGGCUCCUCCUAUAGUACACAAAGGCUGUUAGUGUAGAGUAUGAUGUGAUGCAAGAGCUAAGCUUUUAUAUUUUAUGUGUCUGGGAAAUUGGGAAAUGGCAGAGAUUUUAGGAAAAGGAUUGUUCCAAGGAACAUCUCACUCUCUGCUGAAACUCUGUCCUAGUCAGGAGUCUCAUUUCUCCCUUCCAGGCCAGUAUCAUCAUUCCCAGCUCACUCCUCCUUCUAUUUAAGGCUGAUGCCAUUUUAUUUAACAUCUAUAAGGACAACCUUUUAGGCCUCUCUGCUCCUUCAUGAUUUCCUGAAAUGUAGUAGAGGUCAUAGCAACAAGACCCUUGUCCCAAGGUGGGCUAGCCUAAAGGGCACAGCCUGCUUGCAAAUUCUGGUCCAGUAAGGGCUGAUAACUGCAAAGACUGAUUGAAGCAGAUUAUUUGGAAUGCUGUUCUGGGCUGCCCUAUCUCCACUUCCAUUUAUCUUGGGAAAGAUUCAAGAAUGGGGAGCUGAGUGGCUUUUUUUUUUUUUUUUUUUUUUUGAUUCAACUUUUCAAAACUCUGCCUGCUUUUCUGUGCUUCUCAUUUGGGGGAAUAACACGGUUUGCUUUUAACUUAGAAGCAUCACCUCUCAGCAUGUUCCUUUUUCACAUGUUGGGGCCUAAGUUUGUGAGAUUAGAAAUUACCUUUUGCUCUGUUAUUUCAGGAGACUGGUACAAACUUGCAAAAAAAAUGCUUUUUGAACAAUGUAUUGUAAAAUGACACUAGAAGCUAUACAUUACAUCUUUUAUGCAUCUGUACUCUUCAAGCACUCCUAGCACCAAUAAAAUGUUUCUGGGUGGAGUUAGCAGUAGUAUCUAAUUGAGUAAGAAACAAGUUUAUUCUGGUGUCCAUGUAUGGAAACUUCCUAACCUCUUGAUUUCCUUUUGAAUUUCUUGAUUUAUUCCUGCCAGUGUUUGUUUUAAAACAAAAGUUCUCAGCAUGUGUCUUGCCCAGUGACAUUAGGAAAUUUCUUGGCUGAUGCUUUCUGCAAGUAGAUCAAAGUAAUUUGGGAUCUUGCCGCAAACCAGCAUCAAGAGCUGACUUUCUAUGAAAAGCAAGUUGACUACUCAUAGCCAGUGCAGGCAGGAUAUCUAGAAGAGCUGCACCAACUCUACCAGGUAACAAAUAAAUGAAAUGUCUCAUUGAUUUUUUUA